AUGGGCAGAUCUUCUGUCGAGGACGACGGCCUGGGGAUAGAGCUGGACCAGCUGCACGAGCUGCAGCGAGCCUACCUGGAGAGGGACGCCGCCGAGCUGCUGGCCACGCACUUCCCGGACGCAGGGCAGCAGAUUGAGCUGGUGAGGCUGGGCCAGGAGCUCCUCAAGAAGUACAAGAACCUGUACGAGAAGGCCUGCGCCCGGAACCUCCAGAGCUCGUGGCGGGCCUGGGUGGCGCAGGGGCACCGCGAGAGCAGGCUGGUGGGCCUGCUGCUCGGCGGCGGCCCGGGCGCUGCGCCGCCCUCGCUGCCCUCCGGGGGCGGCGGCGGAGCGGGCGCCGCCGCGGCUGUGCUCGAGGCCAGAUCACUGCUCGGCCGUGUUGACGCUCGACUGCGCCGUGCGCGCCUCGACUUCGCCGCGGUGUUCCGGUGCGCCGAUGAGGAUACCCCAAGAGCGUGUCGCUGGGAGCCUUCGCGCGCCAGCUGUGCAAGCUGCGCGCCCUGCAGGAGCACGAGGUUGGGGCAUUCCAGCAGCUGCUGA